CACUCUGGAAGGUUCCGGAAGUUGUUUUACCGUGUGUUGCGUCAGUGGUGAAGACGCAUCUCGAAGGUGAAAUCAGAUAACAGAACAACUGGUUAGCAGACAGUGAUGCUGGUCUCACGGCUGUCAUGCCUGCGCUCGGCUCCUGUGGCUGGGCUCCGGUCAGCCCUCGGUCAGACUCCGUUCGCCCUGCGCAGCUCCUGUCGGCCCCUGAUGAGACCCACACAGGGUUAUUCCACCAAGACGAGACUGGGCUUCCGGCGGAGCAAGACUUCCAGAGAGCAGUUUCAGGAGGCGGCGUUCGAACCCGCUACUGACACCGCUAUUAAAAUGCACACCAUGGGCCGCGUGAUGCUGGCGGGAGGCGCCGCGGUGGGACUGGGAGCGCUGUGCUAUUACGGCUUCGGGAUGUCCAACGAGAUGGGAGCCAUAGAGAAAGCAGUGAUCUGGCCUCAGUACGUGAAGGACAGGAUCCACUCCACAUACAUGUAUUUCUCUGGAAGUGUGUGUUUGACGGCUCUGUCCGCGGUGGCCGUAAGCAGAACGCCGGCGCUCAUGGGACUCAUGAUGAGGGGCUCCUGGAUGGCUAUCGGUGCGACGUUCGCUGCUAUGAUUGGCGCAGGAAUGUUGGUGAGGUCGAUCUCGUACGAGCACAGUCCCGUGCCCAAACACCUGGCCUGGGCCCUGCACGCAGGUGUGAUGGGGGCCGUGGUGGCCCCGCUGGCGCUGCUGGGCGGACCCCUGGUGAUGCGAGCCGCCUGGUAUACCGCAGGCAUUGUGGGAGGUUUGUCGACGGUGGCCAUGUGUGCUCCCAGCGAGAAGUUCCUGAGCAUGGGCGGCCCGCUGGCCGUGGGCUUCGGGGUGGUGUUCGCCUCGUCUCUGGGCUCCAUGUUCCUGCCGCCCACCUCCGCGCUCGGGGCCGGGCUCUACUCCGUGGCCGUCUACGGGGGACUGCUGCUGUUCAGCAUGUUUCUGCUGUACGACACACAGAAGGUCAUCAAGCGUGCCGAGACACACCCUCUCUACGGCGUUCAGAAAUAUGACCCCAUUAAUGCGUGCAUGGGCAUUUACAUGGACACGCUCAACAUCUUCAUGCGGCUUGUGAUGAUCCUGGCCAACGGCGGGAACAAGCGGAAGUAGUUCAACCGGACGAGGCGAGACCACAUGAGAUUGGACUGGAGAAGAUGGAGCUGAAUAUCGUUAAUGUUGCAUUCAUUUGUUUAAAAGCAGAAAAACUUCGGAUUGUGUUCAACUGAAUCGCAUGUCAGACAGUAAAAGGACAGUGAUUUAAUGAUGCGGGUUAGUGCAGAUCUUCUGAGUUCAGCAUUCGGUGGAAUUACAACAAUAUUUCUGUCUAUUUAUUUUACAAAUUAGCUCCCAGCACAGCAAUGCUCGUUUCACGGUGAUUCUUGUGUUCUGAAAGUUUGGCACUCGUGGUUCAAUAAACUUUAAUUGCAUUUGCAAUUUACUACAUCUUAAUUGUUCAGUUUACUGCUUUGCAACAGACAUCGAGCGCCACUUUACGAGACAAUUUACCAACAUCACGCAGGGCUAUUUUUGUCUUUGGGACAGUGUUAUCUAGGGGUGGAAAGAUAUCGCAAUACCAGAAUGCAACAAUCUGUAUUUUGUACAAAUUUACCCAUGAAAAUGUUUGUGUCAGAAAAUGUGUAUUAGUGUCAGUACUACAUUAAACUAAUAUAUAAUGUUGA